AUGUCUAAGCAGUACAGAGUGAGAGUCUCAGAGCUUCAAGUGUUAACAGAUUCUAUUAAGACUGAGAAGAUCUCUCUUGCUCAUCUGCAAAAGAAGGUGAAAGUUGCUGCAGUGCUAACUUCUCAGCAGAUAAAGAUGCUGAUGUCAGAGACUUCAACAGUGAAGAAUGAGUUUGAUAAGAGUGUGAUUAUUAAUAAGUAG